AUGUCACUCUCCAAGCUUCUUACGAGGUCGACCGCCCGCGCGGCUUCUACAUCCUCAUCCGCCCAACUUACCAAAGCCGCCGGGGACAUUUCAAGUGUCUUCCCCAGCUUGAGACCAGACUAUAAACCGGAGCCUUUGCCGCCUCGGUUCAAAGAUCUGAAGGAGAAGAUAUUUCGUCAAAAUGAGACUGCGCUGAAGAAGAGUUGGGAGAGGCUUCUUCCGAGUUUGGAGGAGGAAGUACAGAAGAUUAAGGCUAAAGGGAGCGAUAUUAUUCCUUCUGUGGAAUACGCUGAUGUUGUUUCCGGCAAUCUAUCCACGGCACUUCUGGCGGAAAUCCGUCAUCGGGGAUCCGUUGUUAUCAGGAACGUGGCGCCCCGGGGAGAAGCAAGGGGAUGGAAGGAAAGAAUUGAGGACUAUGUUGCAGCCAACCAAGAGCGAGUUAAAGCAUUCCCACCAGACUCACCAGCGGUAUUUGAGCUAUACUGGACGCCAUCGCAAGCAGAAGCUCGAGCCCAUUCCAACGUACUGAAUACACAGCGCUUCCUGCAGCGCCUGUGGCACUCUUCAGAUCCCAGUACACGCAUUUCGACCCGGAAUCCGCUUACAUAUGCGGACCGCCUGCGAAUUCGACAGCCGGGUGACGGCAAGUUCACUCUGGGUCCUCAUAUCGAUGGAGGCUCAUUGGAGCGUUGGGAGGACCCCGAGUAUUCCAAGGUAUACGCCAAGAUCCUGCAAGGAAAGUGGGAAGAGUACGAUGCAUGGGACGCAAAGCACCGCCUCACUGCCAAGAUGGAUCUGUACAAUGGCGCAGGCGCCUGCUCCAUGCUGAGGUUCUUCCAGGGCUGGCUGUCCAUGUCCAAGACAGCCCCAGGUGAAGGCUCACUGCAUGUUUGCCCUAUGCUGCUGCACAGCACAGCGUACACCAUUCUCAGGCCAUUUUUCGACAGCCAGACCCUGCAGCCAGCGAUGGACGCGACCUUCCCAGGGUCUGUGCCUGGUGCUUGCCAGGAAUACAACCCGGUCACCCACCCACAUCUUGAACUGGAGACGACGAUGGUGUCAGUCCCGGAAGUAGAACCUGGUGACUAUGUCGCCUGGCAUUGCGAUUCCUUGCACUCGGUUGACAAGGAGCACCGAGGCAAAGGUGACUCGAGCGUCCUCUAUAUUCCUGCAACCCCGAUGUGUGAUAUGAACGUCGACUACCUGCUCAAGCAGCGGAAAGCGGCGCUCGCUUACUCCCCGCCAUGGGACUUCCCUGGAGCUGGUGGUCCAGGUGAGAUUGGAUUCAAGGGAGCGCUGGACUGGAAUUCGAUCAGUGCCGAAGGACAGCAAUCCAUGGGCUUGGGACAGCAGCGAUGGGAGAUCACCGCCGAUAUGACCGAAGGUGAGAAGCGGGCUGUUGAGAGUGCGAAUGAGAAGUGCUUCGCGUAA